AUGUCCCAGAUGGUAUACGACGCUUCCUCGGAUGAGAAGCGUCAUGUUUUCCCCUCAUUGUUGGUUCUGGACGAAUGGCAGGCCGAACAGUCUCCGUUAGAUGACGAGACUUGGGGUCACAACUUCUUCCUGGGUGAGCCCCAGCAACGGGAGGACGCAGACGAAGCGGAGGCCUCUGAACAACCGGAUAGUGAGCGCUUAAUUUAUAAAAAAAAAAAUUAACAUACACCAUGAAGGGAGUACACAAUCCUCCCAUAUAGCAUCGAAAAAAAUAUCUUAAUAUUACAGUAACAUUUACAUACAUAAAUAUGUCGACUAUAUAAAUAGUUAAUCAAUGGUAUAUAGUUGCUCGACCUAAUUCUAUCCUGCUAUCAUUACCAGGAAACCUUUUUACUUGUCGGGGUAGGUUAUAUCACUAAUUUUAGAAAGUAUUUAUCCUCUCUAAGAAUAUAUCAUAUAAGUCCAAUGUUCUCGACUUAGGAAAUAGCGUCAUAGAGUAUACUCCCUUUUCACUCUCUAAUCGAUAUAUCACUUGGUUCUUAAGAUGAGCCUUAGUAGGAACCUCGAUGCUUCGCCAAUGUCUCGCUAUAAGGGUCUUAGCUGCCAUUAAACAAUGAAUAAGGGUCAUAUCAGAUAUUUGGUUCGUGUCUGGAUCCAUUAUAUGUAAUAAAGCCAAUUCUGACUUUUGUUCAAAUCGUUUAUCCCCUAAUAAAUGCAUAAGACUGAAUGUCAAGUUCCAUAAAGAUUUAAUUCUGGGGCAAGACCACCAAAUAUGUAGCAUUGAUCCAUCAAUAUGGAAACAACGCCAACAAUUAGGUUGAUUUAUCUGUGAGAUUUUUACUAAACAUAAUGGAACCAUAUACCAUCUGUAUGCCACCUUAAUGAAAGUUUCUAAAAUAUUGAGACAGUGAAUAUAUUUUUUUGUCUUCUGAAAGGAUUUAUACCAUAUAUCUGGUGAAAUAUUGAUCUCUAAGUCCGAUUCCCAUUUUAUUAAUGAUUUAGGUAACACCUGAGAUUCCGAUAUACUUAAUAAUUCUGCAGCAAUUGAUAUCACAUUUUUAACUUCACACCCUGUAAAGAUUUUAGUAAUCAAACUCUCUAUUCUACCAUCAAGAGAUAACAAAUUGUCUUUAAGAAAACUCUUCAAACUGAGAACGUUAAAGACUUCUCUAGGUGGUAGAUCAAAAGUUGUUUUAAGUUCUUCAAAACUUAACAUUUGUUGACUAUUAUACAUAUCCGAUAUUAAGUAAGGGAAAUCUUUAUACCAAUUUUUUAAACUGAUAUCCGGUAAGAUUUGUUCCAAAGUAGCAAUAUAAAUUUUCCCUAAAAUUUAGUUAUUAAAGUUUAAUUUUUUCUUGAUAAUUUUCCAUUCUUUAAGGAUUUGGCGAAGAAUUAGUGGAGUGUUAGUCGAUAACUUAUUUAUUGCAUAAUUAUUAUUUUCAUCACCCCACAGAAGAGAUUCAAAAUUUUUAACGUCACUUCUAUGUGCCUCAAUUUUAUACCAUGUUUGAGUUUGGGCUUCCUUAAUUUGUAAUCUGCUAGCAUGAACUAGCAUAUUAGCCUGAUAUACUUGGCAUUUUAAAGGAUAUCUCAUACCCCCCCUGAUGUCCUUUCUUAGAGAGCAUAGUAAUACUAAUUCUGGGCUUUUUGCUUUUCCAGAUAAAAAAUUGUUAAUACUACUUUGGAUCAUAUUUAGCCAAUGUAUAGAAAUUGAAAGUGGGAGCAUACGAAAUAAAUAAGUCCAUUUCAGGAUUAUGUAUGAUUUGAUUCUAUUAAUCCUACCCCACCCGGAUAUUUCUUGAGCUCUCCAAACUUUCAAUAAUAAGUUAGUCUCCUUUAAUCAUUUUAGAAAAUUGGUCUCCAUAGUCCGUGAAGGAUCUGUUGUAAUUGUCAGACCUAAAUAGGAAAGUUCCUUAUUGGUUCAAAGAAAAUCAUAUUCUUUUUUCAAGGGGAUAGGGAACGCUUCUACAACUCCACAGGUCAAAGCAUGUUCAACCCGAGGUACAUCCGUCAUCCUCGUUAGGGGUAUUGGACACCACCACCACACCUCACAAUGUUUAUACACUUUUGGUUGAGGAAGGCACUGGCCAAGGAGGUCCGCAAAAGACUACAUGCUGAAUGCUCUUAAUCUUCAUUGCCUGACAAAGUUGCGCUCACACCAGAGUUCGACCAGCUUGUGGGCCUCAUAUCCUCCUCCGUUCAGGCAUUCUUCCCGGGCCCGCUGCAUUAAUGCACUAUGCAACGCUUGAAAACACGUUUCCUCAGAUGAAAUCCCACCUACGAUCAACCUGUCCCCAUGACGGAAGAAGUCCUACAGGAACUUCUAUGGUGCAUGCAAGCCUGGAAUGGACACGCCAUCUUCAGCACACGUCCGGAUUUCGUACUGGAAUUAGACGUGAGCCGAUGGUGUUGGGGUACCACCGAUGGACAAUUAGCCACAGGCAGAGUGUGGACGGCGGACGAACUUGCUCUCCAUAUCAACUCCCUGGAACUUUUGGCAGGUGCCUUCGCAAUUUGGAGUCUAACGAAAGGCAAAAAGAUUGCUGUAGCCUACUGCGCAUGGACAUUAUCUCUGCAGUUCGAUAUAUCAACCAUCUAGAAGGCAUCUGCUCCCAAACACUGGCAGACCUCACAAAGGAAAUCUUCAAGUACUGUCUUACACAAAACAUAACUUUGAUGGCAAAAUAUCUAACAGGAGAUACCAACCUAACUGUGGACUGGUUCUCCUGGCACUGAUGGGACAGCAGCAACUGGCAAUUGGAUCCAUGCAUAUAUGCAAAGCUGAACGAAUAGAGAAGCCCAUUCGAGGCAGACCUCUUUGGUCUUGCACCAACUGCCAGCUGCCAACCUUCUACAGCUAGUUCAGCGGUGGACACCUUCCUGCAGAAUUAGCCGGCCAGGGGGGCGUACGCCUUCCUGCUUUUUGCAAUGACCGCAAGAGUACUCCAACACAUCACGAUCCAAGUAGUGACGGUUCUCCUGUUGACACCUCUAUGGCUGAGUCAAUCAUGGUUCCCAGACCUUCCCACACUUUCAUGCGAGAACCCGCUCCUCCUGCCAGACAAACAGAUGAUGCUCAGAGACCCCAUGGGGAACCCACAUCCGAUGCUCCAAGACGGACGCCUAUCUUUGGUAGGUUGGACUCUUUCAGGGGUUCAUGGUGUACCAAGGAGUUAUCGGCAGAGGCUAGAGCCAUCAUUUCAGAGUCGUGGGCUCCUGGAACUAGGAGAUGUUACCUCUCAGCCUGGCUAUCAUGGUCUAAUUGGUGUGUGGGACGGAAUCUCCAUCACUUUAUGGCCACUGUCUCCUCCAUGUUGAAUUUUCUGGCAUCUUUCUUUUUGGAAGUAAGUCUUACCGUUCUAUUAAAGUGGUUUGCUCAGGGAUAUCAGCGGCUCAUACUCCAGUCCAAGGGAAACCUAUAGGGCAGGAUCCUCUGAUUUGUCCCCUACUUCAGGGCAUACGGCUGCAAAGACCACCGGCCCCGAAAUACUCCACCCUUUGGGAAUGUAGCCCAAGUCCUACGAUUCCUAAAAUAAUGGCCUUCUAAUGAGAGCCUGUGUCUGAGACAGCUGUCGGCUAAAUUGACUUUCCUCCUCUGUUUAGUCUCCUUCCGUCGGGUGUCGGACGUUCGUGCUUUUGAUGCGGACACCUUUUCCCUUGUUCCAAAUGCCGUCAGAUUCUGGAUAUCGAGAAGUACGAAAUCAGACUCGACGUCGGUUUUCUACCCCUUUUUUCCAUCGGAACCCCAGAUCUGUGUGGUACACAUUUUUCGUGCUUAUUUAGAGGCUACGGCCAUGAUACAGCCUAGAUCCUCUCAUCAACUAUUUAUCUCUAAUGUUAAGCCACACGGUCCAGUUUCAGUUACCACCUUGUCGAGAUGGGUGAGAUGGCUUUUAUCUUUAUAAGGUAUUGAUACUUUGUUUGGCGCUCAUUCAGUUCAGGGUGCGGCGAGUGCCUCCUUGUUAGACAUUCUAGCAGCGGUGGAUUGGUAGCGGGAAUCUACCUUUCAGACCUUUUACUUUUAUCCUCCUCCAAAUGCCGCGCUCUCUAUCUUACAAUAGCGUUAAAAUGGCAAAAUGUGAAGCCUCCUGUCAUGCGAUAAAAUUGAAGACUAUGCUAGCUUUAGUGUAUUAGUAAUCUUAAUUAUCCUUUCUUUCCCUUCCCUCCCUGGGAUUUAGGUUUUAGAUAUGGCUCAUUUGCUUUUUCCUUGCUAAAUAGUUUAGUUGACUUUCACUGCUAAAUGUAUUCACAUGUAUGCUGUGCAUUUCUGGUGUAUGUUUAUUAUUAUUAUUAUUAUCAUCAUCUUGUAGUAUGAUAUCAAUGUGUUAGUCAGCUAGACUAUAUUGGAUAUUCAGUACAUUUAACAAGUAAUGUUGCUAGUUAGCCAGACUGUGGUUGCUCAUGUUUUUUCAAGGUUUUGGCUAUACUACUAAAACGUUCUUGGUCUUGUUUCAGCUUGCAACACAUGCACCGCAUUCGGACGUAUUCAUGAGAAGAGAUUUCUACAUUCCAGCUGUCGUUUGAAUUUUAAGAGGACAAUCCUUAUUUGUUAAAACUUGUUGGACGUUUCCUGGUCCGGAGUUAUGAUUCGUUUUGACUUGUGAUGUCGCUAUUUAAAGAGGAAGUGCCUCAGUGGCAGGGGCUCAAGGAAGCAAGGUUAAAGGUCAGUGUAGGACCCACCUAGGGGGGGUCUGCCUUGACGUUGUCAGGUGGGCAUUCCCUCCAGUGGCCAUUGGAGUAACUAAAUGACCUCCUUUUGCUUAAAUAAAUAUACAUAGGGAUUUGGGAGAGCACAGGUAACUUUUUCUUUGGUUUUUACUGUAUGUAUUGAGCUGAUGUGUACAGUGGUCAUUGCUGCCACCCAGGAGUCAUGGGAGUGAGCGCAGGACUUGUCUUUUUGUAUUAUUAUAUAUUAUGCUUAUCUCUUAUUGGUCAUUUAUUUUUAUGUUCUUUGCUGCUAUUGGAGUAGUAAAGGAAGUUAAAGGGACACUCCAGUGCCAGGAAAACAAUCCAUUUUCCUGGCACUGCAGGUCCCCUCUCCCUCCCACCUCCCAUCCUUGGUUGCUGAUGGGGUGAAAACCCCUUCAGUCACUUACUAAAGGCAGCGACGAUGUCCCUUGUCGCUGCUUCUUCCUCCGCCGCUCCUCCCCUUCAUUACGUCAGCCGGCAGGGGAGACUGAUUCCGCCCGCCAGCUGGGGAGACCUAAUGCGCGUGUGUGGCAAUGCAGCGCACGCCCAUUAGACCUCUCCAUAGGAAAGCAUUGAAAAUGCUUUUUAGUGCUUUCCUAUGGGGAUUUUAGUGACGCUGGAGGUCCUCACACAGCGUGAGGACGUCCGCGACGCUAUAGCACUGUGCUAUGGACCAGGAAGUGCCCUCUAGUGGCUGUCUAGUAGACAGCCACUAGGGGAGGACUUAACCCUGCAAAGUAAUUAUUGCAGUUUACGAAAACUGCAAUAAUUACAGUUGCAGGGUUAAAGGAAAACUAUAGUCACCUAAAUUAGCUAAAUAAAGCAAUUUUAGUGUAUAGAUCAUUCCCCUGCAAUUUCACUGCUCAAUUCACUGUCAUUUAGGAGUUAAAUCACUUUGUUUCUGUUUAUGCAGCCCUAGCCACACCUCCCCUGGCUAUAAUUGACAGAGCCUGCAUGAAAAAAAACUGGUUUCACUUUCAAACAGAUGUAAUUUACCUUAAAUAAUUGUAUCUCAAUCUCUAAAUUGAACUUUAAUCACAUACAGGAGGCUCUUGCAGGGUCUAGCAAGGUAUUAAAGGACUACUCUAGGCACCCAGACCACUUCAGCUAGGGUUAACCCAUUUUUUAAUAAACAACUGCUAUGUUUAUUAAUGGGUUAAGACUUCCCCCAAAGCCUCUAGUGGCUGUCUCAUUGACAGCCACUAGAGGCGCUUGCGUGCUUCUCACUGUGAUUUUCACAGUGAGAGCACGCCAGCGUCCAUAGGAAAGCAUUGUAAAUGCUUUCCUAUGCGACCGGCUGAAUGCGCGCGCAGCUCUUGCCGCGCGUGCGCAUUCAGCCGCAUGGGUGGAGAGGAGGAGGAUCGGAAGAGGAGAGCUCCCCGCCCAGCGCUGGAAAAAGGUAAGUUUUUACCCCUUUCCCCUUUCCAGAGCCUGGCGGGAGGGGGUCCCUGAGGGUGGGGGCACCCUCAGGGCACUAUAGUGCCAGGAAAACGAGUAUGUUUUCCUGGCACUAUAGUGGUCCUUUAACAUAGCAGGGGAUAAGAAAAUCUUAAUUAAACAGAACUUGCAAUAAAGAAAGCCUAAAUAGGGCUCUCUUUACAGGAGGUGUUUAUGGAAGGCUGGGCAAGUCACAUGCAGGGAGGUGUGACUAGGGUUCAUAAACAAAGGGAUUUAACUCCUAAAUGGCAGAGCAUUGAGCAGUGAGGCUGCAGGGGCAUGUUCUUUACACCAAAACUGCUUCAUUAAGCUAAAGUUGUUCAGGUGACUAUAGUGUCCCUUUAAGGGUAGUGGGAGUUGGCACCCAGACCACUCCAAUGGGCAGAAGUGGCACUGCAGGUCCCCUCUCCCUCCCACCCCCAUCCCAAUUUGCUGAAGGGGUUAAAACCCCUUCAGUGACUUACCUGUAUCCAGUGACCUCAUCCGGCUGUGGAGACCUAUUGCGCAUGUGCGACCAGCGAUGGGGAGACCUAAUGUGCAUGCACGGCAAUGACGCGCACGCGCAUUAUACCUCCCCAUAGGAAAGCAUUGAAAAUGCUUUCAAUGCUUUCCUAUGGGGAUUUCAGCGACGCUGGAGGUCCUCACAUAACAUGAGGACGUCCAGCGACACUAUAGCACUUUAUAGCAAAUCUGUGCUAUAAACCCGGAAGUGCCCUCUAGUGGCUGUCUAGUAGACAUUUAUUGAUAAAAAAAAAAAAAAGAAUGCAUAUCAAAAAAUCAUGGUGACAUACUGUCACAUAUCUGCAUGUGUGUCACUGUCUAUCUGUAUUAGUGUCUGUAUAUCUGCAUGUGUGUCAGUGUGUGUGUCGGUGUAUCUUUAUAUGUGUUAGUGUGUGCGUCUUUGUGUGUGUGUGUGUGUGUGUGUGAGUGUAUGUACCUGUGUAUCCAGAUGUGUGUCAGUGUGUGUGUGUGUAUGCAUAUCAGUGUCUGUGGCAGUUUAUAUGUAUAUGUGUAUACAUCUCAGCAUUCAAACACCAACACUACACACAAAUACAGCCCUGUAUUCAACCAUCAACACUAAAUAAAGCCACACCCCUACAUUCAAAGACAAAACACAACACACAAGUAAGCCACUGCUUUCAAUUGGCAACAGUACAUAAAAAGACACAACGCUACACAUAAAUACACCUCACACAUUCACACACACACAUACUUAUAUUCAAACAUACAAAGGGCAUAUAGUAUUGUGGGAGUUGUACAACAGAUGGGGAACUACUUUUUCAACCUUGCGAUCCGGGGGCGUGUGGGGGAGAGAAUUCUUGCCUUAUUCUCUAUUUUAGUUCUGCCACUGGUGUCUUACCCCCCAAUUGCAGCCUGUAACCUCCUUCUACAGCUCCUAUCCCCCACACCACCACCCCUACCCCGUACUACAGCCCAUAACACCCUACUACAGCUCCCAUCCCCCACUGCAGCCCACUACCAGUACCCCUACCGAGAUUAGGUUUUGGAUCUGUCCCUGGAUGGGGACAAAUGGGGUGGGGGCGUUGAGACAACCUGUCCUUUAUUUGCAAGGCUUCUUCUCAGUCCAAAACAGUGUGAGUGAGAGGCUGCAAUGAAGUCCCUGACACAAUAUUUACAUCUGCAAUGGUUCACUGCAUAUUGACAGCCCUGAGAGUAGCGCGGGGAAGGGAACAAUCACAUGUACUCCUGUCUGGAAGGUUAGGAUUGUCAUUCAGUGGAGAUCACAAUGCAAAUAAUAGCUCUGUGGUCACUUAAAUAUAGUGCCUUUUGGGUACAUUGCAGGUCCUCAUGGACAAGUUUUAUGUGACUGCCCAUAUGGCGAUAAGAGUUAAGGCCUUUUCAGUAGAGUGAAAAGGUUCAAAACCACUCUGCUGGAGGUCAUGAAUGUCAUUAAAGCCCAGAAGUUAAUUAUGUGAUUAUGUAAAAUCCUUUUUAGAAAAAACAAAAGGUUCCUUUUCGAUUUCUUCAUUUGCAGGAUUAAUCAUUAAAAAUAAUUUUCUUUUACAAGGAAAAGACUGUAAGAGUGUAACAGUGGCUUCUAUGGCUCGUGGAGGAACUUGGAGGUCAGCCUCACAGAAAACGCUGAACAGUACCAAAAUUACUACUUUCACCAUCCUUGAGAGCCCCCCCACUACCCAUUCCAAGCACCCAGGAUGUCAGCCACCCAGCUGCGAUAGCACCGUGGUAGAGACCAGGGAGAGAUAUAGAAUUUCAAAGUGA